UCUUUAGGAGGGAAAACGCAACAGGUGUUGGUGAUGGUGACGAAAGCAAUGAGUUCCAUACAAGACGCGAUCACACGCAUUCUCAGAAACCCAAACACCGUCACUUCCACCCACCACGCCAAGCAACUCCAUGCUUACAUUCUGAAGACGAGAGGAACACUUCACUCCGACAACUCCCUCGUACUCUCACUCUACUCCAACCUCAACCUCCUCCACCACUCCCUCCUCCUCUUCCGCUCCCUCCCCUCUCCUCCGCCACCUCUAGCAUGGUCCUCCCUCAUCAAAUGCUACACCUCUCACUCCCUCUAUCACCUCUCCUUCUCUUCCUUCAAUGCCAUGCGCGCUCUGGGAAUCUCCCCGACCCGCCACUUCUUCCCUUCCCUCCUCAAAGCUUCCACCCUUUUGAACCACCCCCACCUCGCUCUCUCCCUCCACGCCGCUGCCAUUCGGCUUGGUCUUGAUUUUGACCUCUACACUGCCAAUGCUUUGAUGAACAUGUACUGUAAGGUUCAGAACUUGGGUGGGUUCGGGUCUGCUAACAAGGUGUUUGAUGAAAAUCCUCAGCGAGGGAAGGGCUGUAAGUGUGAGAUAGAUAGUGUUAGGAAGGUUUUUGAUUUGAUGCCCGCGAGGGAUGUUGUUUCCUGGAACACUGUCAUUGCUGGGAAUGCUCAGAACGGGAUGUUCCGGGAAGCGUUGGACAUGGUUAGGGAGAUGGGGGAUGAUAAGUUGAAGCCUGACUCCUUCACUUUAUCCAGCAUCCUUCCCAUUUUUGCAGAGCAUGUUGAUGUUGUGAAAGGAAUGGAGAUUCAUGGGUAUGCUAUCAGGCAUGGGUUUGAUGGGGAUGUUUUCAUUGGAAGUAGCUUGAUUGACAUGUAUGCAAAAUGUAAUCGAGUGGAACAUUCGCUUCGUGCAUUUUACCUUUUGCCCUACCGAGAUGCCAUCUCUUGGAACUCUAUCAUUGCAGGUUGUGUGCAGAAUGGCAAAUUUGAUCAAGGGAUUGGUUUUUUUCGGCAGAUGUUGAAGGCGAAAGUGAAACCUAUGCAAGUCUCCUUCUCCAGUGUCAUACCCGCUUGUGCUCACUUGACGGCUUUGAAUUUGGGGAAGCAGCUUCAUGGAUGCAUAAUUAGGCUUGGGUUUGAUGAUAACAAGUUUAUAGCUAGCUCUCUGGUGGACAUGUAUGCCAAAUGUGGGAACAUUAAGAUGGCAAGGUAUAUUUUUGACAAGAUAGAGACACGUGACAUGGUGGCAUGGACUGCCAUCAUUAUGGGAUGCGCCAUGCACGGGCAUGCCCUUGAUGCAGUUUCCUUGUUUGAGAAGAUGUUAGAGGAUGGAGUAAGGCCCUGCUAUGUGGCAUUUAUGGCUGUUUUAACUGCAUGUAGUCAUGCUGGGUUGGUAGAUGAAGGCUGGAAGUAUUUUAACAGUAUGGAAAAGGAUUUCAGGAUUGCUCCUGGCCUGGAGCACUAUGCUGCUGUUGCAGACCUGCUUGGCAGAGCUGGAAGAUUGGAGGAAGCCUAUGACUUUAUUUCUAACAUGGGAAUACAGCCAACAGGAAGUGUGUGGUCAACAUUGUUGGCUGCUUGUAGGGCUCAUAAGAGUGUAGAAUUAGCUGAAAAGGUUGUUGACAAGAUACUUUUGGUUGACCCUGAAAACAUGGGUGCAUAUGUUUUAAUGUCAAACAUCUACUCAGCUGCCAAAAGAUGGAAGGAUGCUGCAAAAUUGAGAAUCCACAUGAGGAGUAAGGGUUUGAAGAAGACUCCAGCGUGCAGCUGGAUUGAGAUUGGAAACAAAGUACAUACUUUUCUGGCUGGAGAUAAAUCACAUCCAUAUUAUGACAAAAUUAAUGAGGCGUUGAAUAUUUUAUUGGAGCAGAUGGAGAAAGAAGGUUAUGUCCUUGACACGAGUGAGGUGCUCCAUGAUGUUGAUGAUGAAUAUAAGCGUGACUUAUUACGCACUCACAGCGAGAGACUUGCCAUAGCAUUUGGCAUCAUUAGCACUACUUCUGGUACAACCAUCCGAGUAAUAAAGAAUAUUCGGGUGUGUGUGGACUGCCAUACUGCAAUUAAAUUUAUUUCAAAGAUUGUAGGCAGGGAAAUUGUUGUACGGGAUAAUAGCCGGUUUCACCAUUUCAUGAAUGGGUCAUGUUCAUGUGGAGAUUAUUGGUGAAAUAACAAUCAUGAUUGGAAAUCCUGUGUUCAUAGUCCUAGCCUCUGGUUGUCAUGGCAACUAAGUAUGUUAAGAUUGUGGCUGCACAAGUAGGACUAAACUGAGGUGGAUUCAAAUGAUACAGAACGAGUGUAGAAGCAGACAAACUGAAAUCAGGGCCAUAAAUGGGUUUGGAUAUUGGCUGUUCUGCUCAUGCAGUAGGAAAGCCAAGCAAUCAAAAAAAUUGUAAGGCGAUAGAGCCUGUUUGCUCUCUGCUUGGUGAAGAGAACUUGGAUCCUGAUUCCACAUUGUUGGAUUUCAUGUCAAACAUUUGACUUGAGUUCUGAUUCCUACCUUAUUAACAACACUAGGCAGAAGGACAUCAAUAUUUACUGCCAGAGAUGCGAUAACAUGCUUCAAAUAUCACUUUUACCUUAGUUAAUUCACAAGUAAAUUUUGUAUGAAUUAUCUUUGUUUUCCCCUUUUUAGGUUGUUAUAUGUUAGUGUUCAGAAGUCCUUGGUUAUAAUGGGAAAACCUAAAGUAAUAUUGAGAUCAAUUGCCUGAUACUUUCUUCUUAAUUAAUUAGCAAAUGAAUUUCUCUUUAAAAACCUGCAUGAGAUAACAAGAUUCUGCUGGAGGCAACUAGCUAGCUUAUGGCAUAACCUUGAGGAUUAAUGAAGCAUCCUAUUUUCAGAUCUUGGUGGAUGAGAAAUCUGCAUUUAUCAUGGCUGGGGAACCAGGAGUAUGUCAAUGUUUGUUGAAGGUACAACUUGGAGGACCUAGCAACUAUAUCCCAGUGAACAGAGAGGCUGUUUCUGCAAGGCCAAAUUGUAUGAAGGGGAGGGAAUGUUUAGGGCAUAUGAUCAGCUUGUCAGUGGACUCUCCAGAACUACACAUAUUUUGAUACCGGAUGGUAUCUCAUUUGGAGAUAUAUGAGUCUCUCUUAGUUAUGGAAAAAAUAUUUCCUUUUAUUAUUUAGAAAAUGAGCACUGUAAUGUCUAAUUUUCAAUGAAGAUUUAUUUACAUUUCUAUUUAGCUUUUUGAUUUCUUU